AUGAUCAAAUCGUUUAGGAAAAGUAAGAGACUGUCUAGUUCCUCCAGUUCACCUAAAAGGACAAUUUCAAGAGUUUCUUCGCGAACGCUUGACUCAGAAAGCGCACUUCAGUCUCCUAAAAAAGUUAUAAAGGCAUUAUACGAUUAUGAACCACAAGGUCCUGGAGAAUUGAAGUUCAAUACUGGAGAAUUUUUCCAUGUUUUGAAUGUAUCUGAUGAUCCGAGACAUAAGGAAGCCGAGGAAAAUGGAUGGUUUGAAGCAACGAAUCCCAUGACAAAUGCCAAAGGAAUGGUACCUAUAAGUUACUUUGAGGUAUUUGAUAGAUCGCGGCCAUCGACUGUGUCUAACCAGAGCUCAAACCUGCGUGCUGGCUCUCGCUCACUGAAUCCAAAUCAAACUUUGUAUGCAGUCACAUUAUAUGAAUUCAAAGCAGAAAGAGAUGACGAACUUGACGUUUCACCUGGAGAAAACUUGAUCAUAUGUGCUCAUCACGAUUAUGAAUGGUUCAUAGCCAAGCCCAUAAACAGACUAGGAGGCCCCGGGCUAGUUCCGGUCUCUUAUGUCAAAAUCAUUGACUUGUUGAAUCCACUUGCAUCAGAAUCAACAGUUGACACUUCAAAUCGUGAUCAUGUUGUUGACCUCAUAAAUGGAUUUAAAAUUCCAACUGUAGAGCACUGGAAAGAUCAAACUGCAAAAUAUCAAGCAUCAACUAUCCCACUUGGUCAUAUUUCGAGCACAAAAGCUCCACCACAAUCAUCAACAUCACAAUUCUUUGACGGUCAAACAUCAACUUCAAACAGAUCAUCAUUGGUGUCGAUUUCCAUCAUUGAUGCAAGCGUCGACUCAUACCAAUUAGAUCAUGGAAGAUAUCAAUAUUUGAUCACAGCGAAAUUAUCUAACGGUAAAAUAAGGCAUCUUUAUCGUUACUAUCAAGAUUUUUACGAUUUACAGGUACGGUUGUUAGAGUUGUUUCCAUACGAGGCAGGCAAGAUUGAGAACUCAAAGAGAACAAUACCAUCUAUACCUGGUCCAUUGAUCAAUGUUAAUGAUUCAAUAUCGAAAUUAAGACGAGAGAAAUUAGACUUUUAUUUGUCAAAUUUGAUUGCAUUACCACCACAUAUUUCCCGAUCAGAAGAAGUAUUGCGCUUGUUUGAAGUUUUGAAUAAUGGGUUUGAUCGUGAAGUAGAUGCACCAAAUCGUCGAGGUUCCAAGCCAAUUAGCCAAAAAUCAAACUCGCAUCAAGAUAGAAUGUCACAGUACUCAAACUUUGGAAUUCAGCCUCGAGGAUCAGAGCAUUCAAAUGAAUCCUAUAAGUCAAGAGAAUCUUCAAGUGGGAACUUACUUUUAGAUGCAGAUAAACAACAACAAAAAGUCAAGGUAAAAUUUUAUUAUGAAGAUGAUAUAUUUGCAUUGUUAUUGCCAUCAAAUUUACGACUUCAAGACUUAAAAACAAAAUUAUACAAUAGGUUAGAAUUGGAUGAUCUACAGCAGCAUAACUUUACGCAACCUAAAACGAUUGAUUCAAUUAGAUUAUUUUUGAAAAAUGAUUACGAGGACUUUGUAAAAGAGUAUGGCAUUCAUGAAGUUGAUUUCAAUGUACACGGUGCAAAAUUAGAAGAGUUUGAAGUUGAUGAUGACGAGAAGUUCCAUGAAGUGCUUUAUGAGAAAUGCAAGUUGAUCAUUUUAUUAACUUGA